UAGUGGCACGGCUCACUCUAGAGAGAGCGCAACGUCUCUCCACUGUAGCUCCAUGCAAGUGAGGCUCACCGGCGCCGCGGUAGCGUUGCACUGGCCGGAGCUGUAGGAGAAGGAGGUGCUCGACCAGCGGUCGCGAUGGCGGCGGCCGAGACGGUGAGGAAGCUGGUGGUGGAGGUGGUGGAGGCGCGGAACCUGCUACCCAAGGACGGCACGGGCACGUCGAGCCCGUACGCGCGCGUCGACUUUGACGGCCAGCGCCGCAAGACGCACACCGUGCCGCGGGAGCUCAACCCGGCGUGGAACGAGGCGCUCGAGUUCAACUUCCCCGGCCCCGGCGCCGGCGCCGUCGUCGGCGACGCCCUCGCCGGCGAGCCGCUCGAGGUGGCCGUCCUCCACGACGUCCGCAUCGGCCCCAGCCGCCGAAACAACUUCCUCGGCCGCGUCCGCCUCGACGCGCGCCAGUUCGUCCGCAAGGGCGAGGAGGCGCUCAUCUACUUUCCGCUUGAGAAGAAGAGCCUCUUCAACUGGGUGCGUGGCGAGAUCGGCCUUAGGGUGUACUACGUCGACGAGCCCAUCGCUCCGCCGCCGACGCCGCCGGAGCCGCCUGCCGCUGAUCCUGCUCCAGCCGAGGCCGCUGCGGAGGCGGCUCCUGGUGCCCCUCCGGCUGAUGCGGACGCAGCACCGGCGCAGACGCCACCGGCUGAGGUAACAGAGCAGGCAGCGGAAGCACCGCCAGCCGGCGACGAUGGCGCGACGGAGAAGGCAGCGGAAACUGAAGCACCUCCGGCGGAGAGUCCGGCGUCGGGAGAAACGCCGAUGAUGACAUCCGAGGCGGUGGCAGCUUCGGCGGAAGCUGCGGUGGAGAAGGCGCCGGAAGAAGAGCAGAAACUGAUCCCGCCACCGCUGCCGACGCCGACGCCAAUGCCGCGCCAGGUGCCGGUGCCGGCGCGGCCACCGCCGCCUCCCCCGGAGGCACCGGUGGAGCGAUCGAAGCACGACCUGGUCGACAAGAUGCCGUUCCUGUUCGUCCGGGUGGUGCGCGCGCGGGGGCUCCCGGCGGGGGCGCACCCGCACGUGCGCGUCACCGCCGGCGGCCGCCAAGCGUCCACGCGAGAGGCUCGCCGCGGCGCCUUCUUCGAGUGGGACCAGACCUUCGCCUUCGCGCGCGAUCCGGCCACCGACUCGCCGGGCCCCACGCUCGAGGUCUCCGUCUGGGACCUCCCGCCCGACGUCGACGUAUCCGACGCCGACGAUCGCCACUUCCUCGGAGGGCUCUGCUUCGACACCGCCGACGUGCACGCCCGGGACCCGCCCGACGGGCCGCUCGCCACGCAGUGGUACAGGCUGGAGGGCGGCCGCCGCCUCGCCGGCGCCGACCUGAUGGUCGCCACGUGGGCCGGCACGCAGGCCGACGAGGCGUUCGCCGAAGCGUGGAAGGCGGACUCCCCGGCGUCCACCGCCUCGGCCGCCGCCGCAUCGCGCGCAAAGGUGUACGUCUCGCCGAAGCUGUGGCUCCUGCGGCUCACCGUCAUCGAGGCGCAGGACACUCUCACGGCGCCGCCGCCUCGCGACGCAGGCAUCGCCGUGCGUGGGACGCUGGGCUUCCAGUCCUUCAGGACACGCACCACUCCGGUGGCACGCAACGGCGGCCCGUCGUGGAACGAGGAUCUGCUGUUCGUCGCGGCGGAGCCGCACACCGACGACGACUGCCUCAUCAUGUCCCUCGAGGUGCGCCACGGCAAGGAGGCCUUCCCCGUCGGCUCGGCCAGCAUCUCUCUCGCCACCAUCGAGAGACGCGUCGACGACCGCAAGGUGGCGUCCAAGUGGAUCGAUCUGCUUCCCUCCGACGAGGCCAUGAAGAAGGUCGGCAAGAAGGCGGCCAUGCACAUGCACGGCGGCCGUCUUCACGUGCGUGUCUGUCUCGACGGCGGCUACCACGUCGCCGACGAGCAACCGUACGCGAGCAGCGACUUCCGGCCGUCGGCUCGGCAGCUGUGGCGCCCGCCAAUCGGCGUCGUCGAGCUCGGGAUUGUCGGGUGCAAGAACCUCCUUCCGAUGCGCACUGCCGACGGCAAGGGCUGCACCGACGCCUACGCCGUCGCCAAGUACGGCCCCAAGUGGGCGCGGACACGCACCAUCUCCGACUGCUUCGACCCGGCCUGGAACGAGCAGUACACGUGGCCGGUGUACGACCCAUGCACGGUGCUCACCGUUGGCGUGUUCGACGAUCCGCCCCCGCCGUCGCAGCUGCCGGACGGCGCGAAGGACGCCGCCAUCGCGUGUUCGCGGCCGAUGGGGAAGGUCCGGAUACGGCUGUCCACGCUAGAGAGCGGCCGUGUGUACCGCGGCAUGUACCCGCUCAUCAUGAUGCUCCCCACCGGCGCGAAGCGGAUGGGCGACGUCGAGCUCGCCAUCCGCUUCGCCGCGUCGGCGUCGGCGCUGGACGUGCUGCAGAUGUACGGCCGGCCGGCGCUGCCUCCGAUGCACCACCUGCGGCCGGUCCCGGCCGGGAGCCGCGACGCGCUGCGUCUGGCGGCGGCGCGCAUCUCGGCCGCGCACCUGGCGCGGUCGGAGCCACCGCUGCGGCGGGAGGUGGCGACGUGGAUGCUCGACGCGGCGGAGCCCCGCGGGUUCAGCAUGCGGAAGCUGCGCGCCAACUGGAACCGCGCCGCGUCCGCGCUGUCGUGGGUGAGCGACGCGGCGCGGUGGGCGGAGGACACGCGGUCGUGGCGGAACCCGACGGCGACGAUGCUGGCCCACGCCGUGCUCGUCCUCCUCGCGUGGCACCCGGACCUCGUCGUGCCGACGCUCACGCUGCACGCGGCGGCCGUCGGCGUGUGGAAGUACCGGAGCAGGCCGCGGGCCCCGGCGCCGCACCCGUGCGUGCGCGCGUCCAUGGCGGAGGCGCCCGACAGGGACGAGCUGGACGAGGAGUUCGACUCGACCCCCUCCUCGAGGCCGCCGGAGAUGGUGCGGGUGCGGUACGACCGCGCCAGGAUGUUCGGCGUGCGGCUGCAGGCGAUGGCCGGCGACGUGGCGGCGCAGGCGGAGAGGCUGCAGGCGCUGGUGUCGUGGCGCGACCCGCGCGCCACGGGGAUGUUCGUCGCGCUCUGCGUGCUCGUGGCGAUGAUGCUGUACGUGGUGCCCAUCCAGGUGGUGGCCGUGGUCGCCGGGUUCUACUACCUCCGCCACCCCAUGUUCCGGGACCGGACGCCGCCGCCGGUGAUCAACUUCUUCCGGCGACUGCCUUCCAUGUCCGAAAGAAUCGUGUAGGAUCUCAUCCGGGAAGCAGUGCAAGUCGAUUACUUUGCGUAGUAUGUCAUGUCAUAAUGCCAGUAACUCAUGAGGGCUCAUAAGGUUAUAGAAUUGAUUAUGUUCUAUGCUAGAACGGAAUAAACGAUAUUAGUUAUCAAAUGCAAUCGUUCGUUCGUAUUA